UCACUUUCUGAGAAAGAGCACAUUUUGGGGACUCACUUGAGGUGACGUGCUCGUGGCUGCCUGUAUCUUCCUCCUCUGCCUGCAGAUCAGAGCUCAAUUAGGGGCAGGGACAUCAGCCACCCUCUUUCACAUCUGACACAUCUGGGGUCUCAGGGGAGCCAUGGAAGUCUUGGACUUUCUCAAACUGCAAGUCAAUGGCCUCAUGGUGGCAGUGGCCCUGUCUGUGGCUCUCGUGGCCCUCCUGAAGUGGUACUCCACAUCGGUAUUCUCAACACUGGAAAAGCUGGGCAUCAGACAUCCUAAGCCUUCUCCUUUCAUUGGAAACUUGACCUUCUUCCGCCAGGGUUUUUGGGAUGGCCAGCUGGAACUCAGAAAAUUGUAUGGCCCUCUAUGUGGGUAUUAUCUUGGUCGUCGGAUGUAUAUUGUUAUUUCUGAGCCAGACAUGAUCAAGCAGGUGCUGGUUGAGAACUUCAGUAAUUUUACCAACAGAAUGGCAUCAGGUCUGGAGCCCAAGCCAGUAGCCAACAGCAUUCUCCUCUUGCGUGACAAAAGAUGGGAAGAGGUCAGAGGCGUCCUGACUUCCGUUUUCAGUCCUGAAAAGCUGAACGAGAUGAUCCCCCUCAUCAGCCAAGCCUGUGACCUUCUUCUGGCUCAUUUAAGACGCUGUGCAGAAUCAGGGAAUGCAUGUGACAUGCAGAGGUACUACCGAGCCUUUGCCACCGACGUGGUAGCCAGUGUCGCCUUCGGCACCCGAGUGGACUCGCAGAAGGAUCCCGAGGACCCCUUUGUGCUGCACUGCAGGCGCUUCUUUGCCUUCAGCAUGGCCAGGCCCCUCCUGGUCCUGAUCUUAUCGUUUCCAUCCAUAAUGGUCCCACUGGCCCGGAUUCUACCCAAUAAGAACCGAGAUGAACUGAAUCACUUUUUUACGGAACUCAUUAGGAACAAGAUUGCCUUGCGGGACCAGCAAGCUGCAGAAGAGCGGCCCAGAGACUUCCUGCAGAUGGUCCUGGACACACGGUGCUCCCCCAGCUCUGUGGGUGUGGACAGCUUCGACCUCGUCCAAGAAGCCCUGUCCUCUGAGGCUUGCACGGCAGACACCUCCGCUCCCCGCCAGCCCCGGGCCCUGUCCCAGCCGCUCACCGUGGACGAGGUCGUGGGCCAGGCCUUCCUGUUCCUCAUCGCUGGCCACGAGUUCAUCAGCAACACGCUCUCCUUCGCUACCUACCUGCUGGCCACCAACCCGCACUGCCAGGAGAAGCUUCUGAGAGAGGUGGACCUUUUCCAGCAGAGGAAGGUGGCCCCUGACUAUGGCAGCCUCCAGGAAGGCCUGCCCUACUUGGACAUGGUGAUCUUGGAGACCCUGAGGAUGUACCCACCAGCCUUCAGCCUGCAGAAGGACAGAAGCAAGGCCACAAACGUGCCAGGCAAAGGGUUUGUGGAUGAAUGGGGAAAGUUCACGCGGGAGGCAGCACGGGACUGCAAGGUGCUGGGGCAGCACAUCCUCGCUGGCACUGUGCUAGAGGUGGCUGUGGGUGCCCUGCACCACGACCCCGAGUUCUGGCCACAUCCUGAGACCUUCAACCCUGAAAGGUUCACGGCAGAGGCGCGGCAGCAGCGGAGGUCCUUCACCUACCUGCCCUUCGGUGCAGGGCCCCGGAGCUGCCUGGGGGUGCGGCUGGGGCUGCUGGAGGUCAAACUGCUACUGCUCCAGAUCCUGAGCCGAUUCCGCUUUGAUGCCUGCUCCCAGACUCAGAAAUUGGCAGUGCCUGUGACAACCAGAAGACCUGGGCCCGGCUACCGGUCCUGAGGAGCACGUUGGAACCAGAAGGAAGGAUGUCAGGCAGAGCCAAGUACCUCUGCAGCUAGAAUCCACAUCUGCUUUAAGUCCCAAAAACGGCGUCUAUAUCAAGCUUGUACUGCGCUGAGGCAGAAGCAGCUGGGAAAGAGAAGGCAGCUGACGGCUGUACAGUGUACCAGUCAGUGUUUUGAGGGCACUUGGGAUCGAGAAAACCCUUAUCUUGUGAUGCAAGUGAUGGAGAGUGUGGCGUGCAUGCAGUAAAGAGCUGAUGUGAUGUCUAAAUGCUUAAUAAACAUUGGUCACACUCGGUA